AAAACAACUUUACUACAACCACCACUAGUUAACAGCUAAUACUACUACCUAUAAUCCACACAGUGUAAUAUCCUAUUAACUUGUAUCAUAAUCAUCAUCACGUUAUCUUUUCAUCAUCAUGGACAAAUUGCAUAUAAAUUAUUACCCAACCACUACUGACUUGUUACUCACAAACAGUUCAUCCACAAAUAGCAACACCACAUCAACAACAACACUACCUUCUCCCUUCACUACAUACAGUAUUAUUACCAUUGCUUUAACUUCACCAUAUGCUUUGAUUUUUAUUGGGUUAUUCAUAUUCACACUCAUUAGUUUCAUUCUCCAACGAAAUCAAUUGAAGAGAAAUCAAGUAAUUUUAUUUGUGUUACUCUUAACAUUGGAAGUAAUUUGUGUUAUUUCGAAUUUGACAAGAGCAACAUCAGAGUUGAGUUUACUUGCUGGUCGAGAUGCACAAGGGAAAAUUAAUAAUGGAUAUUAUGGUGUGAAAGCUGUUGAUAGAUUUUUAGUUUCAGUCUUGAUUUUUAUUCAGAUUUUAAUACUUGCCUUUAUUUGUUAUGUAUUUAUGGCCACAACAAGACAAAUUGGCUAUGUUACCACUAAGAGUUAUAAUAUUUCAAAGAUUGUAUUGGUAUCACUUGUUGUCAUUAUUGGUAUAAUCUUAACUUUGAAUAAUGUGGCCAUUCUGACCUAUCAUGGAUUGAUGGCAAGUUCAGAUAUCUUGGCUCAGAAUGGAGCUGAAUAUAAUUUCACAGUUUCAAUCUUUAUUGCUCCAUGUGUCAUCUUUUUCUUUGCAUGUGUUGCAAUUUCCAUCUUUCUCAAUAUUUAUGGAUAUAAAUUAUAUGCCUCAUUGAAAAAGAGUCAACAAGCAUUGAAAGAAGCAUUCAAGCAACAAAAUGCUCUUGUUAAAGAGUCUCAAAGUGAGGCACCUUCAAUGGUAGAAUCUUCAUCCAGCAUUUCUAUUGGACCUCGAUUGACUCUUGAAGACAGCAGUAUGGAUUCAUCACCUCUUCCACAAAUUCCAACCAUUCAGAAUCCAACACUCUUAGAACUUGAAAAGGCAAUGUCACCUUCAAAUUCAUGUGAAAGUUUAUCCAAUUCGAGAGAACCACUCAAUAGUCCAGAAUCUGUUCCUACUCUAUGUGUUUCUCCUGACUCUUCAACUCCUCUUCCAAUUGUAAAAGCUAGCUCACCAACAAGUCCAAAAACAACAAGAUAUUCCUCAAGAACCAUCCAAGAGCCACCAUCUGAAACCAGUAGCCACAAUACAAGUUCCAAACGUAGAAAGAAUUACACAACCUUCACAAAAGAACAGCAACAAGCCUAUCAAGUUAAAAAGAGAGCUCUCCAAAAAGCACUUUUAUUACAAUUUGGUCUAUCUGCUUCUCUAUUUGUAGAGUCAAUUGGUGUGUUAUUCAUUUCAAUUGCAGUUGCUUGGAAUUAUUCAGUUAUCAUUUUCUUUAAUCUUUUCAAUAUUGGUAUUAUUUGUUUCAUUUCAUUACUUUUAGCAAUUUAUCAUCCACUGAGACAAGUUCAACAAUUAUUUAGAAUGCCAAGUGACAAACAAAUUGAACUUAAAACUUCUGCUCCUAGUAAAAAUGUUUAAAUGUUAUUUUAUUAA